GCGUGAGUGCAGUUCACGAGCGAGAAAAACGGUGCUACCAGUGUUUAAGAAUGAUUUUGUUGUCUUCGUAAAAUUUUCAAUAAGCUCUUCCAAAAAUCUCUAUAAUUAUGGAUGUACGAGGCUGAUAUGUUCUCAGUUUUUAUUAGCAAACCCAUAUGGUGUAAACCUUCACAGAAUCUUAACGGGAUGUGAAUACAGGUGUUGUGUGUGGUACAAAGGAGGAAAUUAAAGAAAUAAAUAAAUAUGCUAACACACAUAUUUACUAAAAAACAUUCAUAUGUAUAAGCCUAUAUUAUGAUGACGCUAUUUUUAAACACUUAAAUCACAAUGGAGGGUCAUCUGCACAAUAAAGAUGCUCGGGAAAAGAUUCUACAUGCAUCUGUUAAUGGUGAUACCGGGCAGCAUUCAGAGAUGUUGCAGACACAACAAACAACGAAUAGUCUUGGGGCCAAACCUGUUUCUAAAAAUAAUAGCAAUUUGACGGGAGAUUUUGAUGAUAGCGCACAAUAUUGUACAAACAAGUCAUCGUUCCGCUCUGCUAGUGACGCACACAAACAUUCUGCCAUAACGGACGAUAGAAUUAAUACGGAGAUAAAUGAUGAUGUUGAUGACGACGACUCAAAUGAUAUAGUAGGACAUGUUAGAAAUGGUUGUGAUAUUAAUUUAAAAUUAGAAACAUCAAAAGAAAGUCUUUGUGAGACAUUAAAAAAUAUGUAUUUCGAAACCGCUUCGUGUCCCAGAAACGCAUUGGACGAAGUUGGAACAUUAUCAGUAAACUAUAGAAAAAAACAAAAUAAUGGUGCACUCAGUUCUAGCACUUCCACGGAUUCGACUGCCGAUGGUGAUAUUAACACAAAUGGUAUAGCCACACGACCAAGCAAAAUUGUUUCCAAUACAGGUAAUGCUUUUACUAACACUAAUUGUGGGAAAAAUGCCUCUCCGCCAAAUUAUGUGGCGCCCGCAAAUAAAUUUACAUCCAUUACUGCAUGUCAAAACCAACAUCGAAAUGUUAAUUAUUUAAAUGCAUGUCUAUCGCCUGCAAAUCAACAAUUUAACCUUACCCACAACCACCACAAUGACAGAAAAUAUCAAAUAUCAUUGGCUAAUGAUUUGAAUACCAAUCCCCCACAUUGCACUAAUUGCAAAUCCACUUGCUUGAACCAAAAACAAAGGCAAUCGUUAUUUUCAAAAUCUCAAUCAUUCGAGAUUGGCCAGGAUCUGCCAUCCAUUUCGUAUAUUGAAAAUGAUCAUAUGUUUUUCCAACUGUCAGAGAUCAAUAAGGAUAGUCAGCAGCCCUUGCAGCAUCAGAGUAAGAUCUUUCCAGAUGACGACAAACAACAUACAAUGCAUACCACUGAAGAUGAUUGUUUGACGACAGAUUUAGAUGUAGGUGAACCAAAUAACAGAUGUGGAAUGCCUGCGAAGACACAAUCAUUAGAAUCUCGCCCAAUAUACCCCAACGUACCAUAUAGUCCAUACGCUAGCCCUUAUAGUAGUCCAAGAUCGACCAGACGAAGACCACCUUUGCGGGAAUCCAGACGUAUCUCCAUAGAGCAGAGUGGUAGUUUUCUACAAUUGAAUCAAUACAAACUAAUGGACCAAAUCGGCCAGGGAUCUUAUGGGCUAGUCAAAUUAGCUUAUUCGGAAGAAGAUUCAACGCACUAUGCAAUGAAGAUAUUGUCGAAACGCCGCCUACUUCGUCAAGCUGGUCUUCUAAAGCGGGGCCCAAAAAAAGGAACAUCGCCUUUGGAACGUGUAUAUCGUGAAAUUGCCGUUUUAAAAAAACUAGAUCACCCCAAUGUUGUUAAAUUAGUUGAAGUUCUUGAUGAUCCAUUAGAAGAUUCAUUGUAUAUGGUGUUCGAACUGGUAAAAAAGGGUGAAGUUUUAAGCAUUCCCACGAAGAAUCCUCUAACGGUUGAACGAGCUUGGAACGUAUUCCGGGAUACACUGCUUGGAUUAGAAUAUUUGCAUUAUCAGCGAAUAAUUCACGCCGACAUUAAACCAGGAAAUCUUUUGUUAACAGAGUGUGGACGGGUAAAAAUAGCUGAUUUGGGAGUUUGCAAUGAAUUUAUCGGAGAAGAUUCAACAAUGACUAAUUACUCGACAGCUGGAACACCUGCCUUUAGGGCACCUGAAACUCUGAAUCUAGGACAGAACAUAUAUUGCGGAAAAGCGGCCGAUGUGUGGGCACUAGGUGCUACACUUUAUGCUUUAGUUUUUGGCAACGUACCAUUUGUGGCUGACUCCGUGCCAGUACUAUAUGAUAAAAUUAAAAGCAGUCCACUUUUAUUUCCGGAAUCUAUAAAAAUACCAAAGGAAUUGAAAGAUUGCAUAGAGCGCAUGCUGACUAAAGAUCCGCAAACUCGCAUUACAUUACCACAACUAAAGAUUCACCCAUGGGUUGACGCGUUAGGCGUACAUCCUUUACCUAGCGAAGAGGAUAACUGUCGGUUGGUACAGGUCGAUGAUAAUGAUAUUAACACGGUAGUCCGUAGCAUACCGAAACUAGACACACUUAUUUUGAUUAAAACUAUGUUAAAACAACAUUCAUUCGGCAAUCCAUUCUUACGCGGAGUUUCCGGGAGAGCUCCACAGCGUGGUGGCUCACGUUUGGAACGUUUUGUUCGUGCUGGACGCUCAAACUCGGCCCCUGGGUCCUAUCACAACAUUGACGAUAGACAAUUAGCUGUAGAAAAUAUACUUCCUGCUCUAACCGAACACACGUCUUCAAACUACUAACAGAAUGGUUCUAAGGAGCUCAUUAUUUGAUGUUUCUAAUACAAAGAAUUCAAUUUGAACCAUCCUAUAUACAAAACAUAAAUAUAUACAUAUUGGUUAUUUUAUAGACUAGAAAAUAUAUACAAAUAUAUAAGAGAUAUCAUCGGAAUAAGAUACAGCGUGAACAGAACACCGAGAUAACGGUCUAGGUUAUUUAGCGUACGUUGUUUACACUUAUGUACAUGCAUCUGGAUACAAUAACUGUGGCUCUCAUUUGUGUCCAAAUAAGUUCCCAGACAUAAGUUUGCACAAAUUAGGAAUACAAAAAUGCAUAUUUCUGCUGGGCAAAACUGCCUUUUCGCGUCAGUGCUUUAAUUAGUUUUAAUUAUCCAUAGUUUUUGUCUUUGUCUUAUCUAAUAAUAUAAUACAUUUAUGAUUAUAAUAUAGAUUUACACUUGAAACACUGUUGGACCAUUGGUCUCACGACGUGAGAUUGGAAAUGUAUUUUUCUUACUUAAUUAAUUGUUACAUAUUUAGAGUUGAAGUAUGUUAAUAUUUAAAUGAUAUGAAAGCUUUACAUACAAUAUGUGUAUAUAAGUUAUGAUAAUUUGUUUAAUUCCUUUUAUUAAAUAAAAUCUAUCUAUAACGAUCGCCAAAAUGAUGAUAAUAUUA